AUGCUCGCUGAUGAUAGCGACGACUCUUCCAGGAGCACUAUAUCCGAAUCCAAAUAUGUCUGUACAUCUACCAAGGAAGUUGAUUGGAAAGAAGAUGGGGUAACAAGCAACGAUAUGUUGACUGGAAGCUUGCGUUCUGCUAGUGAUGGACUCAUCAAUAACAAGGAUCAAGCAAGACGGAUACGACUCGUCGGUUCGCAGGCCAUUUUGUUCGUGGUCAGUUUUGUCAUAUGCAACGUCUGGACUGGUGUUGUUGGACUCUUGGAAGAUCAAGGCGACACAGUUCAAGACGAAUUGGCCAUAUUGGUCCGCAUGUACCCAAUCUUUGUCCUACAGGCAGUUUUCUCACCACUUCAGGGAUUCUUCAACAUGGUGGUCUUUGUUCGCCCCAAGUACCUCAAGUAUCGGCACCUCCACAAAGGAGAAAGCCGACUAUGGGCAGUCCGACGCUCCAUCUUUGGAGAGGAAGUCCAACCAACGAUUCGGCAACAACGGCAGCAAACUGCCGUCGCCAAGGCACCCAAUGGCAAGGAUGUGCCCUUGGGGACAACAGACCAGUUGUCAGCCAAAGCUGCUGCUUCUGCUGCUGUGACUGCUGCUGUGACUGCUGCUGUGACUGCUGCUGACCAAGUUCUUUUUGCACCAUCUGCCGCUCGCCUUCCACGAGACAUGGUAUCGGACUUGACGGCCAGCCAAGGCGACUUAUUAUUGAUCAUGUCAUGCAAGAAAUGGAGGAUGCGCGCUGGAAAGCCGCCACAAGCCGCAAUGCCCCAUUGCGAACACGAAGAAGCUGCCUUUGAAGAAGCAGCAAUGCCGCCAGUAUUGCUUGGAGGAGAUGAUUUGGUCGAGGGCACAAUGAUUGAUCCUCGUACCCUCGAUCGACGCUGGAGUUCUGACUCGAUCCAGCUAGCAUCUGACAAUAAUGGUGAUGAUUACGAUGAUUCGUCACGAAAGAAGAAGCAGGAAGUAGCGCUUUCCAUGCCGGCAAGAUUGGAGAGCUCCCUUGAUUAUUCCUCUACCGAUGAGGAGACAGUAUCAGUGCACUCUAUGUCUCAUCCAAAAUCACCAGACGAUGACAUGAUGAAUACUAAUGGUAACCAAACCCCCAUCAACAGUCGAGGAGGUGCUGAAUUCUCCUCCUCCUCCUCGAGUGGUACACUACGUACUGACAGGCCUAUGCAGGUUCCACAACGCCGAAUGAGGAGCCCACCCGCAAGGAAGAAUUGA